UUGGUUUUGGGGGGGAAGGGCGUGAGGGUUGUUUAGGGGCUGGCAGGAGAACCAGAGACUUACCGCGCCGGUUACAAUCACGACUUUGCGCCGGGAUGGGUCCUCGUGCGACGAAUACGCGCGCAGAGGUCCGCGUCGGGGACGACUGAGAAUGCUGCUCGUGGCCCGAAGGGCGCAAAGACGCAUAGACGAUAUCGUCAUCGUCAUCAUCAUCGUCGUCGUCGUCGCCGUCGUCAUCGUCAUCGAAAUCGUCGUUGUCAUUGGUGGCCUAACAAAGGAAGCAUCAUCGGUCGCAUACUCAUUCUGCCUUAUUUAGUUUACCAGACAGUAGUGUCGUGCAACUUUUCCUCUCGUCGCCGUGCGCGCGAUGUAGGAGCUGUCCCGGUUGAGAGAAACGAGAGAGACACGAGAAGAGGCGGCGCGUUGCCGUAUUCGGUCGUCAGCCUUGCAACCUUGACACGGGUUCUGGCAACCAACAGAGAAACAUACACAUUUUCUGCAGUCGACCACGGCAUGAAAAGCCGCACCCCGCAAAUUUGUUCUGAUCCGAUCCCGACUUGACCGCUCGUCUGACAUGCUCUGGGCGUCCGUCUGGCUGCAGCCUGACGCUGUCUAUCGAAUCUUGGUCAGGGUCCCGACGAAAUCGCACGAUUUCUGACAUGUGCUUGGGAUAAAGAGAUGAGCGCUUCUUCUGGUUGGGCUUGGUGGCUUUGAGGGCUGCAGAUACGAGAGCGGGAAAAAAAAAAGUCACGAGCGACCAGGAAAGCUGAAACGAGCGUGCAAAAUAUGCUGUGCUUGAACGGGCCUUUCAGCUUCACGGUCAGCUGAAUGAUGCACCUGGGUUCGACGAGUUCGAGACGCGCAUCUUUGCAGAUAUGGUAUAAAAACGAUGGCUCCAUCGCCGUCGUCCUAAAUCACGUCGAAUCUGGAGAUCACCCAUGGCUUGACUCAAUCCCAAUCUUGCCCAAAGGAAGCAGCAGCAAUUCCGGCGACAAUGGGAUCGACUUCCGACCUCCCCACGAGCGCUCAAAGCGUGUGGGAUCCCGAGAUCCAGAACGUCAUCAACAAUGCUCGGACUCCAUUUCACCCGUCGCCGCUGGCGUGGGAAGAUCAGCUCCUGUUUGUCGACCCGCCUCGAGAUGUUUUUUUUGAUUACGACGCUUCUAACUCUGACAUGCCAGCUACUUCCUGCUGCCAGAUCGGUUUUCCAACAACUUGGAGAAUGGCUACAAGGACAACGACGGCAACGUCGUCGACACUGGCUCCAUCGAGGCCUUCAGGCCUUCAGAUGCCAACAACGCCGUCGCCCCAAACAAGGACCCGACCGACUGGCAGUCGCACGGGAACGUCUGGUGCGGCGGCACGAUUGUCGGUCUGACCUCCAAACUGGGUUACUUGAAGCGGAUGGGCAUCACGGCGAUCUGGAUCGGACCCGUGUUCAAGCAGGUCAAGACGGAUCUGAACAGCUAUCACGGCUACGGUGUGCAAGACUUCCUCGACGUCGACCCCCGAUUCGGCCCGCGCGAAGAGUACAAGAGUCUGGUGCAAAAGGCGCACGACAUGGGCCUGUACGUCAUUCAAGACAUCAUAUGCAACCACUCCGGCGACGUGUUCUGCUACGAGGGAGAUCCGAACCCGAGCUGGAAGUGGGAUGACUCGCUGCAACGUGCCGUCGUGUAUCCCGUGAAAGGCUUUUACGACGCCGACCACAGGCCCGACACGACCUUGCCCUUCCGCAAGGUCGACGCGUCCAGAUUUCCCGACGCCGCCAUCUGGCCGGCCGAGUUCCAGGACGGCGAGGCCAUCUUCACCCGGGAGGGCAAAAUCAACAACUGGGAUCGAGACCCCGAGUAUCUCGACGGCGAUUUUUACAACCUGAAGGACUUCAGAUUGGGCGCCAGCUCGCCCGAUCAGUUCGUCGCGACGCCCGCUCUCAAGACCCUGGUCGAGUGCUACAAGUACUGGAUCGCCUUCGCGGACUUGGACGCGUUCCGCCUCGACACGGUCAAGCACAUGGGAUGGGGUCCCACGCGGUACUUUUGCAACGCAAUCCACGAGUACGCAAUGUCCAUCGGCAAGAACAACUUCAUGAUCGUGGGCGAGAUCACCGGCGGCAACGAAAGCAAAUACGACACCGUCACGCAAACUGGUCUUAACGCUGCGCUCGGCAUAACGGAUCUCCAGCAGGCGCUGUGGAACCUGCCCAAGGGAAAUUGGAGCCCCCAAGCGUACUUCGACCAGUUCCGAAACGCAACCUACCUCCGGCAAGGCUCGCACGCCUGGCUUCGCGACAAACUUGUCACGAUGAUCGACGACCAUGACCAGGUGUGGCGUGGCGAUUUCAAGGGCCGCUUCUGUUCUGACGCCAUCGGCUCCAAGAUGAUCUUCCCGGCCAUCGCGCUGAACAUGACGACCCUCGGCAUCGCGUGCAUAUACUACGGGUCCGAGCAAUCUUUCGACGGCUCUGGAGGUUCGGGACUGCCUGGCCAUGGGGCCGAUCAAUGGAUCAGGGAGUGCAUGUUCGGCGGGAAGUUUGGCGCCUUCAGAUCGCAAGAUCGGCACUUCUUCGACGAGCUCGGCGUGGUGUACGGCAAGAUCAGCCGGCUCGCGGAGCUACGCAGGAAAAACCUGGUGCUGACUCGUGGUCGCCAGUACCUGCGCGAGAUCUCCGGCGACGGCGUCGGCUUCGGCCUCCCGGAGAAGUUCCCGGGCGGGAGGAUGGAGAGCAUUGUGGCGUGGAGCCGAAUCUUCAACAACGUCGAGAUUCUUUGUGCCAUCAACACGGACACGAACGGUGAUCGAACGGCCUGGGUCACGGUGGAUGCCGAAUUGAAUGCGGCGGGCGACGAGCUUGUUGCCAUCUUCGAAGAGCGGCCUGGCCAGAACGCGACAGCGUUGAGGGUGGAAAAGCGGGCGAACAGAUCGGUUGUUCAACUUACGAUGCCACCCGCCAGCUUCGCGAUGUUUAAGAAAUAAGGUCUAGGGAAGGAAAAAGAAAAAGGUUGGCACAAAUGUAUUUUUUGAUUUUUUGAGUGUGCUACUCUCAUGCAUUAUUGCUUGUAGUGACGCUGGUCUUCGUCCCUAUUCUUUUUCGGCUUUACUGAACAUGGGAGGCUUGGGACAAAUUAGCUAAAAGCUCAACGCGUCAACGAUGUAGGUAUGAACGAACCAAGUGAACCUGCCCG